GUGCGCUGAGUUGCCGCUCCAACAGCUGCUGCAGGUCGAUAUAGCCAAGUGCAACACUCCACCUGCUGAAUAAGAGAUUCCGUUUUUUUAGUUUUCUUACUACUCACUGUAUUGCUACCAUCACUGAUAGUUUCGUGUUCUACGUCAUUUAGAUGGGAGGCAACAUACAGACAUACAGACAGACAGACAGACAGACAGACAGACAUACAUUCAUUACUUCUUAAAGUGUAUGGGUAGUUUUGUACCAAUAAAGAAACUGUUACGCCUGUAUUCUGCACAUGCGCACUGUUCCACUUUAACACUCGCGUCAGAUGAUGUGCGCGGAGGGACGAAUCGUCACUAGGAACAAAAAUCAACUGUGAUCCAAGGUGACUGGAAAGUAUGGGAGCCCACCUUGCCCGGAGGUACUGGGGAGACCCGGAGCCGGACCCCUAUAACAUGCCUGCUAGCCCAGAGCCGGGGGUCCUACCAGAUAGAGUUAUGGUGGCAUCUCAGGAUCAAAUGAACCUGGCACAGCUGCCACUGCAGCAGAGGGAUUAUUGUGCCCACCAUUUUAUCAAUCUGAUGAAGUGCAAAAGGGAUAUGUGGCCCAAUUUCUUGGCCUGCAAACAUGAGCGCCACGAGUGGGACCAGUGCCAGCAUGAAGAUUAUGUACAGCGCAUGAAGCAGUACGAACGUGAGAGGAGACUCUUGGUGCGAAAGAGAAACGCAGAACAAGUGGAGGCAGCGUAAUUCACUCUUUUCUUCCUAAUCAUCAAUUAUUUGAGCCUCUAACUUAAAGAAAUAAACUUUGUUGCUGAA